AUGGCUAGCAAACGAUCUCGAACCGCCUUCGAGGCCGAUCUCCAGUCCCAGCAAUCCCCAUACGUCUUUUACGGGACCCCUCUCCCUCCGUUGGAUGCCAACGUUCGCGACGAUGGUUCUUACGUGCCUAUCUGGAAGCAGGAAGUCACCGAUGAACGGGGGCGAAAGCGCCUGCAUGGCGCUUUCACCGGUGGAUUCAGCGCCGGGUACUUCAACACGGUGGGAUCGAAGGAAGGAUGGACGCCUUCGACCUUUGUUUCCUCGCGCCAGAAUCGUGCAAAGGACGUGAAACAGCAACGUCCUGAAGAUUUUAUGGAUGAAGAGGAUCUCCGGGAAGCGGAAGAGUCAAGGAAGCUGCAGACCGCGGAGGACUUUGCCGGCUUCGGAUCGACCCAAUCGUAUCUGGCCGGUCGGGGUGGCCUCAUGGACCUCCUGAAAAUCGAGGGCGAAACGAUGGGGGUCAAGCUCCUGAAAAAGAUGGGCUGGAAGGAAGGUCAAGGCAUCGGCCCGAAAGUGCGUCGAAAGGCCAAUCUAGCUGAUGAUGGAUCGCUUGGAGACGAUGACACUUCCGAAACCCAUCUUUUUGCUCCAGAAAACCCCCCGCUGAUUGCUUUUGUUCGAAAGCUAGACCACAAGGGCCUUGGAUUUGAGGGAGAAGCACGACUCGAUUCCGGGUUGCGGUCAGAAAACGGAAAGGACUCGGACUCCGAAGAUGCUUCCGAUCCCUUCUUUGGUCAGCGCCUGGAGGGCAAGAAACCCAAGAACAAGGAAGUUCGUCGAGGAGGGUUUGGAGUCGGCGUGCUGAAUGAUACUGGCUCGGAUGAAGAAGACCCGUAUGAGAUGGGACCGAAAAUCUCCUACAACCGGACCAUUGGUGGCGAUAAGAAAAAGAAAAAGCCCAAACCGACGGAAGAAAAAAGACUGAUAACCGGCUCUUCGAAUCCACUUCUGAGCCAUAAGCCGGUGUUUAUUUCAAAGAAGGCUUCCCAGGCCAGGAACGCUGCGGGCUUCCGAAAGUGCCACGAUGGCCGUUUGCCUCUGGAUGGAUUUGUUCUAGCGGAUAGCAUAUCGAGCUUAUCCAUCUCCGAGAAGAAGUAUGAACCGCCCGAGAUUCCAAAAGACUGGAAAUCUUCGAAACGUCCCUCGACGGAGAGAGAUGUGUCCAAUUACCAGUCGACUGCGGACGCAGCCAAGGCGUCCACCCUCGAUCCGAAGGCUCGGGCGGAACUCUUGGGGGAGGCUCAGUUGCCUGGGAAGUCGAUAUUCGACUGGAUGACACCUGAAGCCCGGGAAAGAAUCGUCAAGCUGACCGGCAGGACGGAUCUACCGCCCGCCCUGGGCGAGAAGGCACCUAAGGGAUAUGAGAUGUCAGAGGCCCAGAGGCGUAAAAAUCUGUGGGACCUCGUUCCUAAGUUGGAUAAAGACAUUGCGAUCCAAGCCUUGAACCGAGCAGUGGGUGGCUGGAUGCCAUACUCCGAGGACGAGGGCAAGAGAGCUCGUUACCGAACGUUCCUGGAGGUGCGAGCCGGUCUGAGGGACGGGCUGCCGGACCGCUUACCUGGAUCGACGACGGACGAAUGGGUCGCGGAGAUGCAGGAGUUUGCCAGGGCUGCCGAGGUGUUCAAACCGAUUUCGGGCAUCAUGGCGUCGAGGUUCACGUCUGCCAGCUCCGCGCCCACCAAGGCGUCGGAUAUGCCCGAUGCCUCGACUUCCAGUGACAACCUGCUGACUCGACCACCUGCCAAACCUCAAGACCCAGCGGAAGAGGCGGCUAAAAUUGGCAUGUUUGGGCCAAUGACGCGCAGCACGCUUUCAUUCUAUCCUUCUCGCUUGCUCUGUAAGAGGUUUAACGUGAAGCCGCCAGCUCAUGUCCAGCACGAUCCAGGAGAGUUUCCAGAAGGAGGUCCUGACCGAUCCCGCUCCUCGACUGCGACCCACCCGGCCGGUAGCUCCAGAUUGGAUCUCGUGUCUCAAGACGUGAUGAACCAACUCGUGCAGGAAUCCGGCAUGGGCAGUCGAGCGGUUCCUGCGGGCACGGACUCGGACAAACCCGUACUCGCAGAGUCGCGAGAACAGAUCGUCAUCGAGCCGGAGCGGAAUGAAGCUCUGGAAGCGGAACGGCCUGGGGAGGCUGUUUUUAAGGCGAUCUUUGGGAGUGACGAGGAGGAUUACCAUCGGACGGUGAUGCGGCUAACUGCCUGCACAAUCUACAAUUCCUCCGCAAGUGAUGUGUCACAGAACUCGGACUGCGUAAAAGAACAAGCAGAAGACAGUCAGCCUACAGUGGCUGCGGCGGUGUCACCAGAUGUUACGCAGUUCCUAGCAACUCAUUCCUGGGCAGUGUUCAUGGUACAGACUCAGGCGGGCAGGUGGGGGGCUAACUCUACAUCAUGCAAGAUGGGCUGCUGUUUAUCUCUAUUCGCGCGCGACCGUGACGACACGGCUGGGAUAACGCAAGAGCGUCAUGCCGAUUCCUCUCGUGCCAUCAACUCCGAACCCACCUCCCGCCGUCAUCCUUCGUCCGCCUCUCUUAACGACGGGACUACCCAUCAUCGAUCUCACUCGAGCCGGAUACGAUUCCAGCAGCAAGCGACGCUCCCGCUGAGCGAACAUUACAAUCAGCCCAUCCGUCCUCAUGUCUGGCGCAGCAAGCGUCGCACGUGGACCCCGUCGCAACUCGCCCGGGAGCGGGAAGAGUUCUUCGAUACCAGAGUCACGGGCCGGCCGGAGGUGUGGGCAGCUCUGCGCGCAGCUAUCUCCUUCAUGCGCGAGGGCGACAUUGCCACCGCGCAGAGUAUCAUUGACGCUGCCGGGGUGACCGUGCCGACAGGGGAUCUCUGCGAAGGCUGCUAUGAUGAGAACGGAGCCUUGUACCGGUUGCCACAGUGCAUUGUCAGUGACCCCGAGAAUCUAGUCCCUGACAGCACGACAGACGGAGGAAACGGAGUGACGACCACAGAUUAUGAUCCCGACGGCAUAUCCGAUCGGAAAUUGACCAUGGCCGAAGAGUCCGAGGAGGAACUCAUCCCGGAGGAUGUGGAGCGACGGCGAGAAGAGAAAGGCAAGAUGAGCGAACGCGAUGUGAUCAAGGUCCGAGCCCGGUUGAGUGAUCGAGGCGGGCCUGACGUGACAGUGACUAUCGGCAAGACGCAAAGUGUGGGACUGUUGGCUCGCAAAGUCCAAAGUGAAGCUGGGGUAUGA